GUUGUGGUCGUAUACAGACUCGCAUACUCCACGAGAGGGCCGUACGACUACAAUACGGGGCAGAUCAGAUACCUCGACGUCAAUCUCAUCCUCAGCUUCAAAGAGAAAAAAAAAAGAGCCACCGGGGUGAGCGGGCAACAACUUUGGAAGAUGAGUGCGUGGGCGAGCACGAAUGACAAAGGGACUGGAUCACGAAUGAUGUACGUCGACCAGAUACUCGACGAGAAGCAACAAUCGCAGACCUACAUCAAAGGAAAGAAGUUCGAGAUAAAAAAAGCAAGGUAUGAUCUAGAGAAUUACGAAUGUGAGCUGGUGCGGUAUUUCUGUUUCGCAUUUGGUAUUGGAGAUGAUCCACAACCUGAACAUGGCCUCGGGUUUGAACUUCAGGGAAUAAAUCACGAUCUGAUCAAAUGCAUAGACGCUCAAGAUUGCCUACCUGACGAAGAUCUGGACAGUCACUGGGUAGACCCCGAUGCCCCAGUAGAAACAACAACGCAACCACCUCCAACAACAACGCUACCACCAACAACUACAACGCUACCACCAACCACCACAACAGUCAGAACAACCACUACUACCCGGCGUCCCAUUGUCGACUCAAACUUAGUCGAGGGAACAACUGGAGACAACAAUGGAGCUUCGUCGGGGAAAGGCAAAGGCAAGGGAAAAGGGAAGGGAAAGGGUAAGGGUAAGGACAAAGACAGAGGCACUACUACUGGUGGUGGUGGUGGUGGUGUUGGAAGUCGGCCAGACCCUUGGGUACCUGUCUUCUCGGAAGUUGAACCGCGCCCUCCACGUCCUUGUGUCACACGGGUUACCGAGCAUCGCCAUGGGAAACGGUGGGACGCUGGUCCGUGCACGAGGUGUCAAUGUAAUGAUGCAUCCAUCCGAUGUCUCAUCAAGAGUUGCCCACCGUACUUCUGCUACGAACCAAUCGAGAUAGAGGGCGAGUGCUGCCCCUUCUGUCCCUCAAAUGUGCUCGUUACCCAAGUUACACCAGCAAUCAUGUCUAACAUCGGAGAACUAAGAUCAGGCCAACGGGUCUCACUCUCCCUCAUGGUGAAUGUGACCUUCAGAGAGUCUUGGGAUACUACCGGUGUUUCCGGCGAGGACUUAUGGAAGAUCUCGGUAUGGACAAGCCGCAGACCCGAAGGAACGAACCCCUCCAACAUGGUAGACCAGGCCCUCAACGACAAGCAGAGAGUUCAGAAGUACGUCCGGGGUCAUCCAUUCGCGUUUCAAGGUGUCAGUUAUCGGAUGAGGGUUAACAGCUGCCAGGAUGUCCGCUACGUCUGCAUCAAGUUCGGUCAGUCGGAAAACCCGCUAACGCAACACGGCUUUGGCUUCCACUUGCGAGCGCGGCCCGAUGAGGGCGUGCUUGAAGUCUGUAAGCGUCUUCCAGAUUGCAGAAGAUAGUUUCUCUGGCAGCGCAAGUAAAUCCAAAGUAGUUAGAGACAAUUUUCAAAUACUAAUGUCGGGAAUUGUUUUUACGGAACUAAGAAGGCAAUUGUACCCGGAAAAAAACACCUCUGGAGAUGGGUACGCUAUUCUGUUAGCAUUAGCUUUGUAAUAUGAUUAUGGUGUGUUCUUCAAAAGCCGUACCUGGAAAAGACAAGAAAAAUCUGGAAAUUAGUGGUAUUUGAACGGCUGUAUAAACGUGUAUGUUCAUUACUUGGCAGUUAUACACUCUCUUUCAAGACUUAUUGAUAGAUACAUGAAGAUCAAUCAGGAUGAUUGCUUUUGCAUUCCUUAACAUUUAUUGUAACAUUUGUACGAUUCUAUGAUUAUUUAUGUAGGUUCUCUCAUGGUAACCCUUCAAUGGCUUUGGUGUACUAGUGGGACACAUAACAGCACUGAUAAUGAAUUGCAUUUCUAUAGCGCGGAGCACCAAAAAUGCAAUCCCUAUGUUCUAACUAUACAUUGUGCAAGACUGAUUUGGGGUUGUACCUAAUUCUCUCGAUCACCCCACUUUUUAAUUAUCUGAUAGGUAAUUUAUGCAAAACUGUAAAAUCCUAUUGAGACGACUGCUGGAUACGUGUUCAUGAAAGUUGUGUAAAAAUUACUCAUUCAUGUACCAACCAUUCUAUGAUACACAGGUGGAAGUAUAGAAUACCAAAGUGCUUACAUCAUAUUCGCUCAUCAUCCAAGUUACUGGUUCCAAACAAAAUAGCCUGCUCAUGAGGUUUAUCGCAAAACCAUUCAAGCAAUGGGGUGGAGCGUGGCAAAUUCAGUGUUUGGUGCUUGUGUGGAAGUUUGGAACCAGCAACCUUGGCGAUGUGGCCAGUAUGACAUCACACUUUGGCCAGUAUGACAUCACAAUGUGGCCAGUAUGACAUCACACUUUGGCGAGUAUGACAUCACAACGUGGCCAGUAUGACAUCACACUUUGGUACUCUAUUCUUUUCAAAACGGUAAUCAAAAGGUAUUCACAAAGCACCUCCAUGAAUUUGAUAGUGAUUAUUCUGAAAUAUGGGACAAAUAUUCUUGGACUAACCCAGAUAUACCUGAAGAUAGUCACAUGGGUAGAGGUCAAAGGUCAUUUGUUAUCACUUAAGUUUAAACUCAAAAGUCAUAUUGAAUGGAAAAUGGUAAUUUUCCUUUAGUUUUGAUAGAUGUAUUAUUCAUUAGUGCAAAUUAAAAUAUAAAAACAUUCUUUUCAGUGAUAAUUUACAAGUAUUUUUUAUAGAUGUAUUUUGAAAUGUUUUUCUCUUUCAUU